AUGUCGUCCUACUAUACACUGGACACCUUCCUAGUGACGCCAGCGGAACUGGACAAAGCUCUCCAGAAGAACGUCUAUUCGAAGCUGUCCACGUCUCCGAAAGUCGUUCCCCUCUGCGCAUCCUGGUUCCUACCCAACGACGGUCGAGACGGCUACGAAACCUUCGUUGCAGGUCGCAUCCCGCAUGCCCGAUUCUUUCCUCUCGAUGAAGUCAAGGAUCCCCAUUCUCCAUACCCACACAUGCUUCCGUCGAGGGAAGACUUCGCGUUGGCAAUGGGACGACUGGGGAUCCAGCGGGAUGACAGCGUAGUGGUAUACGAUAGCAAGGAGCUUGGUAUCUUCAGUGCGCCACGCGUAGCUUGGACGCUGCAAGUCUUCGGCCAUCCGAACGUCCAUGUGCUGAACAACUUCCGGAAGUGGUGUGAGGAGGGAUACCCGCUCGAAAGCGGAGAGCCGAAGCCUGUGGAGCCGGUCUACUAUCCCGUUCCGCAGUUGGACAAGAGCAAGGUGGUGGAGUUUGAGGAGGUUAGGGACAUUGCAAGAGAGCUGGGGAAGGAGGGAGCGGACGAGGUGCAGAUAUUGGAUGCCAGAAGUGCUGGGAGAUGGAAGGGGAUCGAUCCUGAGCCUAGGGAAGGUCUUGAGUCUGGCCAUAUCCCUCACUCCAUCUCAGUCCCUGUCAUUGAGCUACUCGAUCCGAACGACAAAACACUUUUGCCGGCUGAGAAACUCAAGGAGCUCUUCAAAUCCAAGGGCGUCGAUCCCUCCAAGCCCAUUAUCAGCAGCUGCGGAACCGGCGUCACCGCGGCCGUUAUUGAUGCCGCACUUACCGAGUCUGGGUUCCCCACGGACAACAGGAGAUUGUAUGACGGUAGCUGGACCGAGUGGGCUCAGCGAGUGAAGCCGUCUGAAGGUCUCAUCCGUAAGGGGGAUCAGUAG